CACUUUUCGUGUGCUAUUUUGGAAAAAGUUCUGAAACUUCUCGGCGAUCGCAGCGCCAGUGCCGCGUGCUUUUGUUUUUUUUUUACCGGUGAUGUUAUUCAUUUGUGUGAAAAGUGAUAAAUAAACUAGAAUAAUCUGUGUUAAUCCACGUAGAAAUCCAUGGUUCGAGUAAAGUACAGGUACACUCUGGUGAAAAUUGUCACUCCCCAUGGGAAGCUUUUCCGGCCCCCUAUCACGGAUUUAGCAGAGAGUCUCAGGGCUUUCUGCCUCAAGAGUUAUGGAGACGUUGGCCUGGCAUCUGUUCAAAGUCUCAAGAUCAAGUAUAUCGAUGAGAUAUCACCGAUAUUCAUCGUGAGACUUCGUCAUGGACCCCAUCGUUUCAUGACAAGCAUUUUCCCACUGCUGAAGCAGAUUGAUGGGAAUCUGAUUAAACUUGAGUGUUUGCUUACAACGAGCACUAUCAAGAGAAUCUACAUGUUCCUCCUGGAGAACACUGAGAAGGUCUUGCUUCCGGAACAGAAGAAAAUACUGCCAAAAGCUGAGACUUCUUGAUUGCCUAUACUUUGCCCCAUCUUCAUUUCCAAAAUGCUUAAAUAUUUAUACCUCUAUUGGCCAGCCCACGGUUUCAUUGAUCCACUGGCGAUAGUGUGAGAUGCGUACAAAGACAUUGGGAUGAUUACUGUUACAAGGAGGCAUCCAAAAGCUAGCUAUCGCAACAAGAUAGUGGUCUAGGAAAUGAACUAGGGGACCACCUUGAUCUCCAUAGCAAAGACCGUCAUUGAUGGCUGGUCGACUGCACCAGGUGGCAUCUGUGAUCAAUUGAUUUCCGUAGACCUGUCGACAUUCAUUUAAUGGCAAUUCCACAGCCACUGCCUGCUGCAGGACAUUGGGUAGAUUGUCUGCAGAAGUGGGAUCUGUUGUGCCAAAGCCAUAGUAAAGAUAUGCUGAGGCUGGAGCUAGGUUAUCAGGUGGUAGCUGGACGGGAGUUGCUAUAGCUUCUGGGAUAGAUUGG